ACACUUCAUUUUAAUUAUGAAUAUACAUUCGAAUCGUCACAUUAAUGUUGGCUGGAAUGAAUUAUUCAGAAUUCGACUCUUAUGCUCCAUUAAUAGGUCACACCUCUUCGGAAUUAACAGGGAGCUUACCUGAAGUAAAGGACUGCUCUUCACUAGAAGAUGGACAAUAUGAUCAAAUUUUCGAUUUUUUAUCUAACUGGACUACUGGAGAAACGUUAGCUUUUGGCGAAGGUACACUGGAUUGGUUGGAUCCAUAUUCAAAUAGCAAUCCCACUGAUGAGGAUGAGCUUUCAUCUAACCUAGAUUCGCUAGUAAUAAGUCAAUCAAGACUCCACUUCAAGCUCAAUGCUUAUCUUCAUGGAACAGAUGAGUUCAAUAUAGGCUCUUUAUCGAAUAGUUGGGAUAUACCUGAAAUACACCCGUUAAGGACAUCUAUAUCAUCAAGUGUGCCUCUGAAUAAUUAUGCUUUUAACACCAAUUGGUAUGAAAGAAUACAAUUUUCUUUCAGAAGCAUAUGGCAGCGUGAUAUUCGAGGUCCAUUGCACAAAUUUUACAAUGAAGAAGAAUACUCAUUGUUGCAGGAAGUUGGCAGAUUUUCACAUGCCUGUAAACUAGGAUCUACACGUUUGUUGCAGUCGUUGUUAUCAUCUAACAUGCUCAUGUUACCCAGUGGAUUUGUAGAAAUAAAUUCUUUGAACCAUCCAUAUAUAUACCAGGUUUAUAAACCAAAGUUCAAACACGGUAAGUUUAUCUCAGAAUUUACAAUUAAUAUAGAUCGCAUCUUUCUGAAUGACGGUAUUGUCUUUACCCUUGUUCUUGGGAAUUAUCAUGACUAUUCUCAUGUAACAUAUACUUCAGUUAAAAAAAUAUACUCCAACGAUACAAACGGAAAACAGGCUCUUUGUGACGCUUUGUAUCAUUUGGGAAAAAAUACCAAGUUUAUUCUCCCUAUCCAAUGUGCAGUUGAUUACAUAGGCAUAAGGGUAGUGGCCGAACCACUCGUCCAAAUUAGGUUGAGUCUAUAUUUUCUAAUAAAAAAAUCACGUAGGCCUUCCCAUAACUUUGUCGUAUAUGAUAUAUUGCAAAAUUUGGAUAAGCACAAAACAAAAAUCUCACUAUUUGAAGAUGGAGAACUAUGUAGCGACCUAAGGGCUAUAUCUGAAUAUCUAAGACUUAUUUCCUGGCCUUUGCCAUUUGGAUCAUCAGAUAUGGAAAAAAUCCUAACUGAAGGCUCUGGCGAACAUUUCAUAAAAUCUGAUGAUGCAGUAAUUAUACGUAACACACAUGAGGUGUUACCGCCAUCUGUAAAUCUUGGAUCAUCUCUGGAUCCUCUAUUCAAGUCAAGAUUCCGCUUGGAGUUUUGUACAAAAUAUUAUGAACACCCAUUAAAAUGCUCUAUAAAAUCUCAUUCUAUUUUUGGAUCAAAUUAUACCUCUGACAAUGAUAUGUUCAUUCGGGCUAAUGAUUGCAAUUACAUACUAUUGGAGAACAAUAUAGAUAAAUUCCACAAUCUGGUAGAUUCAUGGGAUAUUAGUAAUGCAUUUCACUCUUCAGGUAUUAAUUUGAGACAUAUUGGAGUGGCCUAUGAGAAAACUUUACAUGGUGGACUUAAGGAUGUUUUGGGAGUGGAACUGGUAGCAAGGGCCAUUAAGCACCUCUGGAAUACGCAACUAGAACUUUAUUUUGUUUCUAACUCGUUAGAUCUAGACCUAUUAUUGGGGUUAGAUAUUCUAAAUCAUGUAUAUUAUUUUAGGGAGCUGUUAAAGAUGAUCAACGAUACAUUUGGGUUAACCAGCAAUUCCCCCUCAUUUUGGCAUCAACAUAUUCUUCCAGAAAUUUCCAUGCAUUAUACUGUUAUAAAUUUGGAUGGAAUUAACAGCAAGUCGAUGCCACACAUUCUUUUGAAGAAAGCAAUAGAGUUCAAUUUAGGAAUAGUUUUACCAAACCCUGACAAUGGUUUUAAGUACGACAGAGAAAUAGGAUUACAUGAUUUAAAGAACGUAAAACCCUCCCCUGUUAUGCUAUUUGGUGUGGAUGAAUCUUGUUUGAAAUGUAUAAUUCCACGUUUACACAUAGCAUAUCCUCGCAGUGAUUUAUCGAUAUAUAAAGCGGCAUAUAAACUAUAUAACAAGCAAGGUCUAAACUUUAAUAGAAUCUGUAACUCGGAUUCAUUUGGUAUGGGUAUCUGCAAUCAUGUUCAAGCUAAACUUGUGGGAAAUGGAUAUCCGUGUGAUCCCACAUGUGUUUUAGACGAUAAUCUUGUUUGCAACAUAUAUAAGCAUAACAAAACAGGAUUAGAUCUCUUCUGUUUGUCGGAAGCGUUGUUGCUCUCUGAUCCUAUAAAACGGUCAAAGUUACUGAUAACAUUGGGGUAUGAGUUCCUCCGUCAUAGGGACUAUGAUAAAGCUUUGGAAUGCUGUGAUUUUCUACUUGAGAACGCUUGCGAUAUUGCUAUGAUUAAUGUUCAAGCUAAAUUAUUAAAAAUAGAAUGUUGUUCCCUUAAAGGAGACUAUUCAACAUGUCUACGAUUAUACAAGGAUCUUUCAUCAUCUCUGAAGCACUUUGAAGGAGAUGAAGGCGUUUUUAGGCUACAACUACUUCUCAUUAUGUCGUUUGAUGCCUGGAGAAGGAGGGACUACAAUCGUUGUAUAUCGUACAUUAAUGACGCAAAGGAUUCCUUCACAAAUCUGUUUUGCAUACCAAAUUAUGAAUGGCUACCGGUUGCAUUUUUGUCACUACUGGGAUAUUGUUAUAAUGCAAUUGGGAGAAUUUCUGACUCUACAAAGAUUAAUCGUGAGGUUGUGAGGCAUUGUAACUUAUCUAAACUACCAAAGUUUACUCUUUGCAAAUUGAUGUGGAUUUUGGUUGAUUCACUAAUAAGAAUUGGAUCGUAUGAGCAAAGUCUCGAAUUAGCCACAGAACUAUAUUCGAUUAUUGAAAGAGAGUUUGGAACUUUGUCAUCCGAGUGCUUACAUUCUCUAUAUUUGUGUGCUUGGAUAAAUCAACAAAUUGGAUGUUUACAUCUGUUGCAUCCGUAUCUUUAUCUUUCAAAUUCCGAGAAUAUUAUCGCAUUAAAGGAUGAUGAGUGGUUUGAUAAUGUAGAUUUGAUAUUAGAUGAAUUCGCCACAGCAAGUAGCUGUGAUAUAAAACGAAGGCAUUGUGAAGAAUCAAUUUCGUUUUAUACACUGUUAUGUAAAAGAUUUAUUUCUUUAUCAAGGGAGAAUAAAAAUCGCGUACUGGAAAUAUUGAAGACGUUGUCUCCUACUUUGGAUCUUUCACCCCUUCAGAAGUUAUAUAAUAUAACAUCUGAAUCCAUUAGAGAAUAUAAAACAAAUGAACAUGAUAUAAAUCUCUAUGCAAACAGAUUUUUAAAGGAACAUCUUGAAAAUGGUGAUUUUUGUAAGCAAAAACUUCUUCUAGUUAUAAAAAAUUUCAUUUCAGUUAAAACCCUUUCUCUUUCAACUAGGCAAUGUUAUGUGAUUGCAUGUAAAUUAUACAAUGCUUACGCCAGCCAAAUUUCUAGUGAAUACGUAUGGGACGUUUUUACGGGUUCAGACAUAAACAAUAGAACCAUUCCAAGAUAUAGGAAUGAGUUUGAUCCGAAUCAUAAAUAUAGAUAUGGGAGUACAUCUGUAAAGGGUUACGAGUCAUUUUUGUCAUCUGUAAUCAUCAAAAAGAACGCCGUACCGCACAGCGGUCAUGAUUUGAGAUCCAUUGAGAUGAUGUUACUGAAAGAACCAUGUAGUAGUGAAUCCACCAUUUGUGAAUUAUGCUUGGAUCAUUGCCAGAACAAUUUUGGUACAGACGACUCACCCAGUAUUUGGUUUGAUUCCGUCUUUGAACUUGUGAACACACAAGAUGUUGGUAGCGGCAGUAAAUUUUUAUUAAGUUUGGAUAUAUUGCGUCACUUUCUCACUCCUUGUCAGAGACUGGUCAUUUUGGGUCUCAUUGCUAGUAUGACAAAGUCAGACUUAGCUGAUACGAUAACAUUUAAAACAUUUAAAGCCGAAAUGCUGAAGGCCAAAUGUAAGGAAUGA